GUUUCUCACUAUUCUGUGGGUUGACUGGGUUCAGCCAAGUGGUUCUGCUCCACAUGGCAUUGACAGGGGUCGUUCGCUUGGCUUCCUCAUUGAGCUGGGCUGGAGAGUCCAAGAAGGCUACACUCACAUUUUUGGCGUGUUGGCGCUCCUCCAUGUGCUCUCUCAUAUAUGCCUAGACCUCUUAAAGCCCAGGCCCAGAACUGGUAAAAUGUCAGCUCUGCCACAUUCUAGUAAGCAGAGCAACCACAAGUCUUGUUCAGGGAAAUGGAUGGAUUCUAUAUCUUGAAGGAUUAAGCAGCCCACAUAUGUAGGGAGAGAAAAAAAUUAAUGUGUCCAUCUUUGGAAACUAUCUGCUACAGAUAGUGGUAGCGCAGCAUAGAUCUACUAAAAGUAUCAAGCACAAACUUCUAUUUUAAAAUCAGUUUGUCAGAGGCCAGGCUACGCCGAGCCCUAAGCGUAAACAGCUGCGGCAGGGGCAGCAUCCAGCGGCGGUGCCAGCAGUUCCAGCCCGUUGCUUCACUUUUUAGCUGCACCAAUGUAGUCAUUAUGCCGAAGAGAAAGUCUCCAGAGAAUCCAGAGGGCAAGGAUGGAUCCAAAGUAACUAAACAGGAGCCCACCAGACGGUCUGCCAGGUUGUCAGCGAAACCUGCUCCCCCAAAACCUGAACCUAAACCGAGAAAAACAUCUUCUAAGGCCCUUAUCCUAUGUAUAGAUCCUCACAUUAGCCCUACUGAGAAAGAACUGACAACAAAGGUUAACAAAGGUGCUAAAGGGAAGAAGGAGGAAAAGCAAGAAGCUGGAAAGGAAGGCACAGAAAACUGAAUCUGUAAACAAGGGAGAAUGAAUUGUUAUGAAAAUUGGGGUUGAUUUUAUGUACCUCUUGGGACAACUUUUAAAAGCUAUUUUUACCGAGUAUUUUGUAAAUGCUAAUUUUUUAGGACUCUACUAGUUGGCAUACAAAAAUAUAUAAGGAUGGACAUUUUACCUUCUCAUAGUCAUGAUUUUUGGAAAUUCCCGUCAUCCUUGAGUAAAAUAAAUACCAAUUUAAUAUUGGAAGCUGUCUGUAAAAUUGAUUCACCAUCCCAUGCACUUGCUUUAAAAAUUUAGUCCUGUGCAUACUGUGGUGAUUUUACUGUGUGUAUUUGAAUUUUUUCAUGCAGUUUUUCUAGAGCAAUAAUCAGUGGUGCUUUUGUACCUAGGUUUUAUGUGAUUUUAAUGAAACAUGGAUAGUUGUGGCCACCUGCUGACUAUUUGUGGUUUAAAAUAAAAGGCUUUCCUGCCUGCAAAAGAAAAAGUAAAUAAAAUAAAAUAAAAUCAGUUUGUCUAAGUAAAAUAAAUUAGAAUAAGUAUACAAUAAUGGCUGACAUAUGAGAGGUUACUUAUAUGCUUUUCAAAGAUUAUCUCAUUUAAUUCUCAGAACAACUCUUUUAAAUGGUACUUUAUUAGUGCCCAUUCUUGAAGAUGAAGAAAUUGAUGGACAGAGAGGUUAAAUAAUUUAUCCAAAGUUACAUAUUCAGGGAGAAUUAGAGUUACGAUUUCAAACCAAGUGGUUUGACUCCAGUGCCUAUGAACCUAACCCUAGGAUAAAAUGCUCCAAACUUUAUUUUCCCCCAGUUCACGAAUUCAACAGUAUUUAUUCAGCACCUAAUGAUGUUCCAGAUAUUGUUCUGGUGCUGGGGCUAGAGCAGUAGACAAAACAAGUUUCCUGCAUUCAUGGAGUUGACUUUCAAAUGGGAGGAAAUAACCAAAGCAUGAAUCCUUAACAUGUUAGGUGGUACAGAAGGCUACAAAGAAAAUAUAAAGUAUGGCUGGGGGUAGAGAGUGAGUUUGUCAGACAGGUCUUAGCAACUUUAAAAAACACUAAAACAGCAGUUUUCUUCACUACCUAAAUUGUAAGAGCAGUUUGGGCUAUAAACUAUACGAUAUGGAGGAAGUCCCAAAUUAUAGUUUUUAUUAUUUAAUGACCCAUUAUACAUUGCAUUAGAUAUCAUUAUGUUCAAUCAGUCAUGCAUUCAUUGAUUCAGUGACGGUAUACGUACAAAAUAGAAAUAUAGUGUUGAGUGAGACAAGUCCUCGGGCCUAUGGAUUUUACAGUACAGUAUUUUACCCAGCUACAUGAUAAUGUAAAUAAUGUUUGUUCCUAUUUAAGUAUCCCUUAAACAUUAUAGAUCUACUAAAGAAAAUUAAGCACAAAUCUCUUUUUAAAAUUAAUUUGGCUAAGUAAAAUGAAUAGGAAUAUGUA